AUGACGUCUCUUUUAAUACCAACAAUACAAGCAAUACUAUUUAUUGGAUGGGGUAUUGCAUUGAUUAAUUUGAUACUUCUGUCAGCAUUUACAUUUUUUCUUUUCAAUCUUUGUUUAACUACAUUUAUGAUUUGGUUCCUUAUAACGAUAUUUGCAUGGAUACUUACAAUAAUUCCUAUCUUAAAAUUUGUAUUUAUCCCAUGGAAUCGUAAACGAAGUCAUGCAUGGACAACAAAUGAACGACAAUGCCGUUUAAGUGUAGCAUUUUUUCAUCCAUAUUGUAAUGAUGGCGGUGGUGGUGAACGUGUUCUAUGGACAGCAAUUGAAUCCAUUCUUAAAAAACAUAAAAAUGAUGUUCAAAUAAUUAUUUAUACUGGAGAUACAGAUGCAACACCAGACGAAAUUCUUCAUCGUGUUAAACAACGUUUUGAUAUGAAUAUGCAAAUUUAUAAACCAUCAAUAAGAUUUAUUUAUCUUCGAAGUCGUUUCUUUGUUGAAGCAAAAUAUUAUAAAAUGUUCACUUUAUUAGGACAAAGUAUUGGUUCAAUGAUAUUAGGUUUAGAAGCAUUAAUACGUUUUACACCUGAUAUUUAUAUUGAUUCAAUGGGUUAUGCAUUUACCUAUCCAAUAUUCCGUUAUUUAGCAUCAGUACCAGUACUUGCUUAUGUUCAUUAUCCAACCAUAAGUACUGAUAUGCUUGAUCAAGUAAGAGAACGACGACCAACAUAUAAUAAUCGUGGAUUAAUAGCUAAUAAUUCAAGUAUUAGUCAAAUAAAAUUAAUUUAUUAUCGACUAUUUGCAUAUAUAUAUGGUUGGUGUGGUAGAUGUGCUCAAACGGCUUAUUGUAAUUCAUCAUGGACACAAGGACAUAUUGCACGUAUUUGGCGAUUACCAGCACGUUCAAUUCAUCUUAUUUAUCCACCAUGUGAUGUUAAACAAUUUUUAUUAAUGCCACUCGUUAAGGAUGAUGAACAAAUGCUUAAAACAAUUGUAUCUAUUGGACAAUUUCGACCAGAAAAAGAUCAUGAAUUACAAAUUCGAUCAUUUCAUGAACUUUUACAAAGAAUUCCUGAACAUCGUCAAAAAUUACGAUUAAUAUUAAUUGGUAGUGUAAGACAUGAAGAAGAUAGAGAACGUGUUGAACAAUUACGAACACUUGUUGAAAAUUUAAACAUGACUGAAGAAGUUGAAUUUAAAUUAAAUAUUAAUUUUACAGAAUUAAAAAAUCAUUUAAAUAAAGCAAUGAUUGGAUUACAUACAAUGUGGAAUGAACAUUUUGGAAUUGGUAUUGUUGAAAUGAUGGCUGCUGGCUCAAUUGUUCUUGCUCAUAAAUCUGGUGGUCCAAAAAUGGAUAUUGUUGAUGAAGGACAAACAGGUUUUCUCGCAGUUGACAUCGAUUCAUAUGCAACAAUGAUGCGUCAAAUAUUAGAAAUGAAAUCAGAUGAACGAGAACAAAUACGUAUACGUGCACGUGAAAGUACCGAUCGUUUUAGUGUUAUCAAUUUUGAGAAGCACUUCAUGGACCCGCUAGAUAAAAUUUUACGUAGUGAAUAA